UGAGCGGACUAACAGCGUGAAAAUGCGCCUCGGUUGUGCUUGGCUGGCGGUCGGCCUGCUUUUGCACUUGAAUUUUCACCUGGACUUUGGUGAGGCAGCCAAUAUCUUGUGUGUCUUCCCGUACCGCCUGCCCUCACCUUUUCAGAUGGUAAGGCCCUUGGUGAGGGCACUAGUUAAGCGGGGACACAAUGUUACGAUGAUCACACCAGUCGGAUAUCCACCGGAUAUCGAGGGAGUACGCCACAUUCGAGUGCCAAGGUUGAAUAAACAUAUGCAGGACCUUCUUGAUACCGACCAAUUUCUGAACUUCUUUGGGGACAAAUGGAAGGAGGGCAUUCUGGGUGCCACGAUUUUUUACAAUGUUUCCUAUGCCAUUCUGAGCAACGAUGGUGUUCAGAUGAUGAUGCGCAACAAAUCAGAAGAGUUCGAUAUGGUCAUGUUGGAGGCCAGUCAAAUGGAUGCACUUUACGGAUUGGCUGAGUUCUACAACGCCACCCUUGUGGGAGUUUCAUGCGUGAAUAUCAAUUGGAAUGUCGAUUAUUUGGCGGGAAAUCCCGCUCCGAGUGUAUACGAGCCAGUUUCCCCCAUGGGCUUCGCACUCGAUUACUCACUCUUCAGCAGAUGGUACAACUGGAUUUAUAUAACUGAGGAGAAGCUCCUGGAUCGCCUCGUCUUUCGACCGGCUCAGCUGCGUGUCUUCCAGAAGUUUUUCGGAUAUUCAGCACAAAAAUUGAAUGAACUAAGAUCGAGGUUCUCGAUAGUCCUGGUUAACAGCCACUUCAGUAUGGGAAGAGUAAGAGCUAAUGUACCCAAUAUAAUUGAGGUUGGAGGUCUGCACCUCAACGAACCUCCAGAGCCAUGUGGUGAGGACUUACAGCGUUUUCUGGACAAAGCGGAUCAUGGCGUCGUCUACUUCUCAAUGGGCAGGGAUAUCCUUGUAAAAUAUUUACCAGACAACAUGCAGCAACCACUCUUGCAGGCUUUUGCCCAGAUAAAACAGCGGGUUAUUUGGAAAAACGAACAUUCCAUGAUGGCCAACAAAUCGGAUAAAAUAUAUGUAAUCGAUAACGCCCCUCAACGACAAGUGUUGGCCCAUCCCAAUGUCCGACUGUUUAUCAGCCAUGGAGGCAUACAGAGUGUGAUGGAGGCGAUCGAUAGUUGAGUUCCCAUGUUGGGGCUGCCAUUGUUCUUCGAUCAGUUUAACAAUAUGCAUCGAGUGCAGUUAGCUGGAAUGGCCGAAGUCUUGGACGCCAAUGCUCUGAACGCAGAAAUUCUCAUCAGAACUAUUAAUGAGCUGAUUGAUAAUCCUAACUAUACCAGAAGGGCUAAGAAAAUGUCAAAGUCUUUCAGGGAUCGACCUAUGACUCCUCUGGAGACUGCUCUCUGGUGGACGGAGUAUGCCCUACGAAAUCGAGAUACUAGUCACAUGCGGAUCAAUGUGGAGGAGAUUCCUUUAAUACGUUACUAUAGACUUGAUAGUGUGCUCACCUUUGGUGUUCGUUUCGGCUGCGUCUUUGGUUCCCUGAUCUUUCUGGGCUGGAGAUUGUACAAGAAAUAUCAAAAUAGGCAGAGACGCCUUCGGGAAAGGCAAAGAUUAUUCUUGCAGAUACAAUUGCGAUUGCAAGACUAUGAAACAGUUUCCUAGAUUCCACUAAGUACAGGUGUAAUUGUAAACUAGAUCUCAUGUGAUUUCUGAUCAUAGAUGAAGUGAACUCUAAACUCAGGCAGACUUAAUAUUUUCAUACACUAGUGUUAUAUCUUAUCAAAAUGAUUGUUUGGCUAUGCCGGUUUGACCAGGAGAUAUAGAUUUUUAUGCCCAUAAAACUGUUAUUUAAUCGAGAAACAUUAUUGGCCGUUUUUGGCAUCUGAACAAUGACUUGCGUUUGUUUUAUACUUGACAUAUAAUGAAUAUAAAAGUUUGAAUGUAAGAGUGAAACAACUUGACAUACCUCUCCCUUUCCAAUAGGCAUUAUAUAAAAACAAAAUUGGAUGGCUCGCAGACUUUUAUUGACCGUAAAAGUGUGAAACUUUAAUGGUUAUACCGAUAUAUUAGAUUAGAUUGUGUACA